AUGAAUACAACACAAUUUGAUUUUCUGCUUUCCUUGGUUGGACCAAUGCUGCAAAAGCAUAGUUUAAGAAAGCCUCUCUCUGCAAGACUUCAUCUGGCUGUGACUUUAAGCUACCUGGCAUCUGGUGAUAGUCCUAAGUAUUUAUCAAAAUAUUAUAGAAUUGGUGCAUCAACUAUUUAUAAAAUUAUACAGGAGACAUGUGAAUGUAUUUGGAAAACUCUGUCUCCUUUGUGUCUUGCAGCACCUUCAGUUGAAAAGUGGAAUGAAAUAGCUGAACAUUUCUAUACUCGUUGGAAUAUGCCUAACUGUGUCGGUUCUCUUGAUGGAAAACAUGUCCGUAUUCAAUGUCCUCCUCUCAGUGGUUCAGAAAACUUUAACUAUAAAAAAUAUUUUAGUAUUGUGUUAAUGGCAUGUUGUGAUGCCAACUAUUGCUUCACAUGGGUGGAAAUUGGUGAUUAUGGCUCUCUGCCAGAUAGUAGUAUUUUUGCCAAUUCAGGAUUAGGAAAAGCCUUGGAAACAAAUUCUCUAAAUCUUCCUCCAUCUAAAGAAUUACCAAACACAAACGAGAAAAUACCUCAUUUCUUUGUAGGAGAUGAGGCAUUUCCUCUGCGAACUAAUUUAAUGCGUCCUUAUUCAAGAAAAGGCAUUAAAAGCGACAGAGAAAGAAUAUUUAAUUAUAGAUUGUCUCGUGCUCGAAGAAUAAUAGAAAAUGCCUUUGGUAUUCUUUCAUCAAGAUGGAGAGUUUUUCACUCAUGUAUUUGCAUGAAAGAGGAAAAUGUGGAAAAAAUAGUAUUGGCUACAGUAUGUCUUCAUAAUUUUUUAAUGAUGCGAGAGGACCGUGAAGUUGAAAGGAAGAUUUAUUGCCCUACAACUUAUAUUGAUUAUGAAAAUGAUGAUGGAUCAGUAACUCCAGGAAUGUGGCGUAAUGCUUCAAUGGAUUCAAAUCUUAUAGAUAUUGGUCGUUUAGGUUGCAAUAGUGCAACAAGAAAGGCUGUAGCUCAAAGAGAGGCUUUAGCUGAUUAG